AUGCCCGCUCAAGGCAAACCAACGGUUGGCAUCGUCCACUUGACAGACGUGUUCGGAAUUCAGUCAACAGAGAACAAACUUCUCACAGACAGUUUCGCGCGCGCUGGCUACGUCACAAUCAUGCCCGAUCUCUUUAAUGGAAAGCCACGAUCCGAGGAUCCAAAGUCCGGCUUCAACGCGACCGAGUUCUUCGGAUCGCACGGACCGAGCGUCACUGAUCCUAUCGUCACCACGGCACUCUCAUAUAUGCGCGACCAGAUGGGUGUGUCAAAAAUUGCAACAGUGGGAUAUUGUUUCGGCGGCAGGUACGCAUUCCGUGCGCUGGGAUUCCCUCAAGGCAAGGCGGUGAACGCGGCAUUCGCUGCUCACCCGACUUUGCUAGGUGAUGAUGAGAUCAAAGCAAUAUCAGGCCCCGCUAGCUUGGCCAUCGCUGGUGAGUAG